AUGAAUCAACACAAGCUGAUAUCAGAUCCAAAGAAUAACCGGGACAACAAUGGCCAAGUUAAUAAGAAGUUUCCUGCAGCCAUUCAUUAUUCAAUCUCUCGUACUUGUUCAGAGCAAAAGAUUGUGAGGGAAAGUCUUCACUACAAAACGUAUGAAGAAGCUGCUAUGAUCGUGAAAAAGAUCAACAAACCCGCUUUAUUAACUAUACAGAGUCCAGAUGGAGAUCUCGUUGAUUGUAUUGAUAAAAGAAAGCAACCAGCUUUUGAUCACCCUCUUUUAAGAGACCACAAGAUACGGAGGGUGCCUACACAAUGGCUAAAAUUGAAGAGUGGAAAGUUGAAGACUAGUGUUAAUGAAGUAUCUCAAAUUUGGUUAAGAAACAAGACAAGGUGUCCCAAACAUACUAUCCCAAUACGACGUACCACAAUUGAUGAUGUUAUGAGAGGCAGUUUUAUAUCUCAAGUGGGUGAAAAACAAACCUCAAACUAUCAUACACUUAAUACACCUAAUCUUCAUCACGAGAUACUUAAUUCUAGUUACUAUGCAACAGUUGUCCAUAAAGAACCAGAAGGGGUGUAUGGGGCAGAAGCACGAUUAAAUGUGUGGCAGCCAUUUGUUGAGGAAAUCAAUGAAUUCAGCUUAGCUCAAAUUUGGAUAAGCUCUAAACCAUAUGAUGGAGAACUAAACAGUAUUGAAGUUGGAUGGCAUGUUUAUCCAUUGCUAUAUGGUGAUAAUGGAACAAGAUUUUUUAUUUUCUGGACGAAAGAUGGGUAUCAAACAGGGAGAUGUUACAAUAUUCAAAAUUGUCCAGGAUUCAUACAAACCACUAAAAAAAUGAUUGUGGGAGGUGCAUUGGAAAAAAUAUCUCAGUAUAAUGGUACCCAAUAUGACAUUACUAUCCUCGUUAGGAAGAGCCGGUUUUUCUAUCCGUUUGACCAUCAUUUACUAACGGUGAUUGUAAACUGA